AAAACCAGAAUCUCAUAGCAAACACAUUCACACAGCAUAUACUGUACACAACGCUAUAGCAAUUCCUAUGGCAUUCACGCGGGCCGUCAUCGACAACAUGUUACUAAUAUCAUCGAUACUGACCAUGUGGUCAGUGGCCGUCCACUGCCAACAGAAUCCGACCAUCAGUUUUAUCACAAAAGAGCGGGUGAUCAACAUUGGCGACACUAUUGACCUGUCCUGUUCGGUACAGUACGCCCGCGACUACCCGGUGAUUUGGGCCAAGAUCAAUCCCGACAAUUCCAACAACAACCUGUUCAUUUCGAAGGGCUCGUCACUGUCUAUACCAGAUAAUAGGUACUCGAUUAGGCACGAUGAUGCCAGCAGCACCUAUACCCUACAGAUCAGCAAGAUUCAAGAGAUUGACGCCGGACACUACCAGUGCCAAGUGGUUAUUGGCACGUCUAGCCGAGUUACAGCCGACGUCAAUGUGUUCGUACGGAUACCGCCGGCCAUCAGCGACAACAGCACCCGAUCGGUGAUCACCUCAUCCGGUGCCUCGAUAUCCCUGCAGUGCUAUGCCAUUGGUUUCCCGCAGCCGUCCAUCUCAUGGCGCCGGGAAAACAACGACCUGUUGCCCACGGGUGGCGCCCUAUACCGGGGCAAUAUACUCAUCAUACAUAACGUGACCAAGAAUGACCGUGGUACAUAUUAUUGUAUCGCAGACAACUCGGUAGGCAAGGGGGCCCGGCGUAAUGUGGGCGUCGAGGUUGAGUUUGCACCGGCGGUGACCACUGACCGGCCCCGCUAUGAACAGGCCCUCCAAUACGACGCCGACCUUCACUGCCAUAUCGAGUCGUUUCCCAAUCCCAGCAUUAUUUGGUUGAAAGAUGGCUACGAGCUAAAGGAUUCCCAGCAUCAUCAUAUAUCCAUAUUUUCCACCUCGCACGAAUUUACCGAUUCCGUCCUACGUGUAAAGCGCAUCGAGAAACGCCAUUAUGGUGAAUACGUGUGCAAAGCGAUUAAUAAGCUUGGUGCCGACCAGAAAGUGAUUCACCUGAGGGAAAGUGUGAACGUGGUCUGUCCGCCGAGUUGUGGCAUUGGUUACGCCGGCUUUAUUGGCCGGGCGACCGGCGCCGUUAGGCUCGAUGCCGCGCUCGUACUACUGGCCACCCUAUGUGUACUGUUGGUGUUUAGACGUAUGGUUUAG